GCAUGAAAAAAAUAUAAUUCAUCAUCAACUACAUUUAAUUUAUCAUUAUUUCUCAAUAUCAAUUUUAUUUUGGUACUCAUAUUUUAUUUUAUCUAAAAAUAUGUCUACCUUCGGUACAAUCUAUGGUGAUGAUCAGCUUAAGCUCAGCAUCCUUGCCACGAUGAGGCCGCAUGAGAAUGAUGAUGAUGAUGAUGAUGAUGGCGAUGAUGUAGCGCCGGCAGCUUAAUUAAACGUACUUUCAUGCUGGCAUUCUAGCUAAAGAGUGUUUAUCUUUAGGCAAAAUCUAAACUCAUCAAUUUUAUAUAUAUGAUGAGUUAAGAAAGAUUUACCUAGCUUUAGUUUCAUAUCGAUUGAACCGGGAAGUACAUCUAGGCAAAGAGAUGGCCUGAUUUCAUUUGCUUCAUAGCUUAUCUUGGAAAGCACCCCCAAAUCCAUUACUAAGGUAAAUUAAAUACUUGAACAAUCCCUUAAUUAACAUGAAUUAAAUUGAAGUGUAAUGGAGUUGUUAUCACAUACCAUAUUAUAUUAGGCUCUUGCAUCAGAUAAUUAGUUCUCAUUUGUUACUUAAUCAAUAAGAAUAUGUAAUUGAUGUUUAAAGCUUAGGUUUUUUCCAAACAAUUUUUUUUUUUUUUUGGCUCUUCUAAUGAUAGUCCCUACUUCCAAUCAAAGUUAUAAGAACUUCUCCAAUCUCCCAUCUAACAAUAAUAUAAUCAAUCAGCAAUUAAUUAAAUAAAAGAAGGGUGCUUAAUUAGUAAAAAAAAAAAACAAUUUUAAACAAGUUGAUCGAAACCCUUAUAAAUAGCAAACAUAAUCCAACCAAAUAAAUGAAUCCUUUAUGCUUGUGCAAAGCAUGGAAUGUCAAGUAUUUAGAAACAGAGGAAGUAUAUAGAUCAAUGUAUUAUCUAUCAAAUAUUAUAGACUAACACAAUCAGAUCACUAAGAUUAACCAUUGAGAUACACUUUAACGAUUGCAAAGAAUGACAAUAGAUCAUAUAUAUUUUCUUAACAUCAUAUCUUAAUCCACAAAUUUAAGAUAUCAUGAUAUGCUAUUAACAAUGAUACCAAGAGAUCAGAUAUAUGCAAAAAAAAAAAAAAAUGUUCCCUCUAUUUUCAAGUAUUACACUUAAUCCAACAUUGCUUUUUCUAUGUUACUAACUUUAGUGAAUGAGAAUUUAAAAUCACUACGCGAAUAAUAAUAAAGGACAAAGUGUAACACUUUAGAAAAAUAUAAAGAGUAUAUAUACUCCGUAAAAUAGUUUAUUUAAGAAGAAAUGAUAUUUAAUUAGAUCAAGUAUGUCAUCAUAGCUAACACCAUGGUCACCAAACCAGUGUGGCCAUAAACUAAACAACAAAAAAAUGAAACUAGAAAGUAUACAAUGAUUUUAUUUUUUUAGAAUGAAAGACCACACAAUAAUAUAUCAGUAUGUUUUAUGUGUGGCUGACCACACCGUGUAGCCGACUAACAUAGACCAAAACAUUGAUCGAGUAACUCCUGACUGAUUGAGUAAUCCCUAAUUGACCGAAUAACCAGGGUCGUCUUAAAUAUUUCGGAGGCGCUGUUCUAAUCUCAAAUAUUGGGCCUCAUUAAAAAAAAAAUGUUGCCAUUAAUUUAAAACAAUAUGUAAUUAUAUUAAAAAAUUAUAUUAAAAAAAAUUUAAACCAUUAUCACAAUAUGUCAAUAUGUAAUCAAUUUAAUUAGACGCCAGCUAUUAGCUAAUCAAUCAUUUUAUUGAUUGAACAUAUUUUCUGAAACCAAUCCUUAAUAAUCUACUGUUGCAACAUGUAAUUCCAAUUAUGGUUGAGUGCUUGAGAAAGUAGAAUUAUGAUAAUUUUCUCGUAAAAAAAAAAAAAAAAGGUUAAUAGGCUCAUAGCAAUUAACACCAACCUUUAUCAAAAAAAAAAAAAAAAAAAAAAAAAAAAUCUGGUUCUUUCGUUAAAGAAAGAAAAGUAUAGCAAUAAGGAUUGUUUUGCCGAAAUUAAUUCAUUACUCGUAUUUUUAUAUAGUGACUAACUGAUUAGUAGAGAGAAGAUGAAAGGCUUUAAUGAAAAUUUAGGAAAUCAAGGAAGUUAAUGAGAUAUUAAAGAUGAAUCGAAUAAGGAAACUUUACAAAUUUUAUUGGAAUUACAACAUUAAUGGAGUAAAUGAUUCUUGGAAAGGUUGAAUUGCUUCUGUUGAAGCGUGUGAAGAGAGUUGACAGAUUAGAACAUUUUGGGCCCUCCAAUUCACGGGGCCCUGUGUUAAGGGCCAGUGCUAAGGUUUGCAAAGGCCCUUAGCCGGCCCUGCGAAUAACCCUUGAAUAAGUAACCCCGAAUGCAAGGUUUGACCAGACACAUAUAAACUUUGUUUGGAUCAAAUAUUCCAUGAAUAAGUAUGCCCCUCCUAAAAAAAACUUCAAAGUCAACCCUAAGCAGAUAAUGCAGAAUGUAGAAAUAUUUUUCUAUGUUUCAACAAAGACAACCAACAUUGUUUUAUAUAUGCUAUGUUUUGAGGGAAAGAGGAGAAACAUUUAAAUCACUCAUAUCGAUCAAAUAAUCAAAGUUUCAUUCUCCAUCUCCUUUAAUUGACAAUCGAAAAUUAAAAUCAAUAAUUGAUAAAUAACUAAUAGGGGAUUCGAUUAAUCAUGUCAACUCAUGAUCUGGAGCAGCCUUUGAUACCAAGCACCCAACUUCAGCAAACUCCAAAUUUACAAGAACAUACAAUACAAGAAGAAGAUGUGAAGUUGGAGAAAAGCUAUUUUGAGAUAAUGGGAUUGUGUUGUUCAUCAGAAGUUCCAUUAAUUGAGUCAAUUGUUAAGCCAUUAAAUGGUGUUAAGGACAUUUCUGUUGUUGUUCCUACCAAGACUUUGACGGUUGUCCAUGAUAUUCGCAUUAUUUCUCCUUCUCAAAUUGUUCAAGCAUUGAAUCAAGCACGACUAGAAGCAAGUGUUCGACCUCGAGGAGAAGGUAACUACACCAAGAAAUGGCCAGGGAAGUGGAAUAUAACUUGUGGUGUAUUGCUUCUGUUGUCAUUGUUGAAAUAUGUGUACCAACCUAUGCAAUGGUUAGCCAUUGUUGCUGUCCUUAUUGGAGUUCCAAACAUUAUUUGGAGAAGCAUUGCAUCUAUCAGAAAUCUGACUCUCAAUAUUAAUGUCAUAGUUCUAAUUGCAGUUGGAGGAACAAUAGCUCUGCAAGAUUACACAGAUGCAGCUAUAAUCGUCUUCUUGUACAAUAUAGCUCAGUGGCUCGAGUCAAGAGCUAGUUACAAGGCUAUGUCUGUUAUGUCUUCUCUGACGAGCAUGACGCCCCUGAAAGCAACACUGGCUGAUUCUGGUAAACAAGUUGAUGUCACAAGUGUGAAUCUAGGAACCAUAAUCGCAGUCAAAGCAGGCGAAGUUAUUCCUAUUGAUGGAGUUGUUGUGGAGGGUAAAUCUGAAGUGGAUGAAAAGGCAUUGACUGGAGAAUCUUUUCCUGUCAUCAAAGAAAUUGGCUCUACUGCUUUUGCUGGCACUAUCAAUUUGAAUGGCUAUAUCGGUGUAAGAACUACAAUGUUAGCUGAAAACUGUUUAGUGGCAAGGAUGGUGAAUCUCGUAGAAGAAGCUCAGAGUAGGAAAGCUAGAAUCCAGACAUUUAUUGAGAACUGCACAAAGUGGUACAUUCCUGUUGUUGUUCUGAUAUCAGCUGGUGUUGCUGUAACUCCUAUUGUUUUACAAAGUAGUGAUAAAACGCGCUGGUUUCAUCUAGCCUUGGUUGUAUUGGUGAGUGCAUGUCCUUGUGCACUAGUAAUCUCUACACCAGUCACAAUAUUUUGCGCUCUUUCAAAAGCCGCAACAGCAGGGCUUCUCUUCAAAGGUGGAGAUUACCUUGAGCUUCUUGCUAAAGUUAAGACUGUCGCCUUUGAUAAAACCGGAACAAUCACAACAGGAGAAUUUGCUGUCACACACUUUCAGUCCUUACACGAAAAAGUUAGCAUUGAGAAGUUACUCUUCUGGAUUUCGAGCAUUGAGAGUAAAUCGAGCCAUCCAAUGGCAGCGGCACUUGUCAACUAUGCUGCAUCACAUUCUAUUAAGCCAAUUCCUGAAAUGGUCGAGGAAUUUCAAAACUAUCCCGGAGAAGGGAUAUAUGGAAAAAUUGAGGGUGAACAUAUUUACAUUGGGAAUUAUAGAAUCUCUCUAAGAGCAGGAUUUACAGAAAAAUGUGACAAUGAUGAGUUACAAAAGAUGGAAGAGAAAGCGAGUGGAUUUAUAUACAUGGGAGCAACUCUGGUUGGAACUUUUGCUCUAUCCGACAACUGUCGGUCAGGAGUCAUGGAAGCAAUCAAAGAGCUAAAGGAAUCAGGGAUUAGAACAGUUAUGCUAACUGGUGAUAAUCAUGCUGCAGCGCAACAGGUGCAAUAUCAGCUAGAGGACGCACUCGACAUAGUUCAUGCGCAGCUACUACCAGAAGACAAAGCUAAAAUUAUUGAGGAACUGAAGAAGGAUGGAGUAGUAGCAAUGGUAGGAGAUGGAAUAAAUGAUGCACUCGCUUUAGCAACAACUGAUAUCGGAAUAUCAAUGGGGAUAUCAGGUUCUGCACUCGCAAUGGAGACAGGACAUGUAAUUCUGAUGUCCAAUGACAUCAGAAAGAUACCAGAAGCAAUUCGAAUAUCAAAGAAAGCAUCUAGAAAAAUCGUUGAGAAUGUGAUCAUAUCAUUUUCGACAAAGGGUUUAGUCCUUGCCUUAGCCAUUGCUGGCUACUCUAUGCUCUUAGUUGCUGUUGUGACUGAUGUUGGUACAUGCCUGCUUGUAAUACUCAACAGCAUGCUACUUCUACGAGGGGCUGACGAAUACAAGAAGCCGAGUGCUAAAAUUGUUCAGAAUAAGUCUUGCUGUGAUAAAACUGCCAAGGGCGAAGUUAAGUGCCAAAGUUCAGUUAGCAAAAAGGCAAUUCAACCGAGUAUUGAGAAGGCAGAGGAGCCGAAAAAAGGGUGUUGUGCUAAAAAAACUUGUACUGCUAAGUUGGAAGGGACACUGGAGAAAAAGGAUAGCGCGAUUAAGGUUGGAUGUUGUAAGAGAUCAGCUUCAAAUUGUAGGACUGGGAAGUGCAAAUCUUCUACUGGGUGUACUCAGGUUGGUGCAAGUAGUUCACUUGAUGUUGUGAUUGUAUAGAUAGAUUACAUGAAAAAUAUGAGUUUGUUAUUCUUUUUCUUUUUUUUUUUAAUCAUUUUGGAUGUUAAUCUUUCUCAUGAUGAUUGUAGCUUGAAUUUUAAUCUUCUCAAGUCUAUUAUAAGGAAGAAACUAUUGUCCAGUUUUUACUUAUUGAUAUUUAAAGAUAAAAUAAUUAAAUUUAU